CGAGUUCCAACCCGCCUCAGCGCAGCUGUCAGCGUGUGGCUUCGCUGGAAACGCGUCUGGUGGAAGUUUUUCUCUCGGUCGCUUCUGUGUUUAUGUAACAUUUUAAAUGAGGUCAAGCGUUUUCCGCCUCCAGCUGAAGCAGCGGCGCUGGAGAAGCGCUUUCCGUUCGGUUCAAACGCACAGACGUGGAUAAACAUUAGAUCAGAUUAGUUUAGAUUUUGCACGUUUCUUUCAUUUCUGGGAUGCGACUUUUCUCAUCUCGCAUUAAUACAGUUGUUAACUUUUGCAGCGCUGCAGCCUGCGACUCGAGCUGAACGCUGCAUCCUAUCAUUGCGCGGUGUCGAUGAUGAGGCAAUUAAAAGUAGACGUGAACGCGCCGCGCGGGGAAAGCAUACGGUAUGUGGCGCGUGCGCGCGCGUCCGAGGCGCGUGAGCACACUGACGUUUCAGUUUACUCAUCACGCUUUAACUGUGUAAUUGAAACCCCCGCGUGCCUAUUGACACGUCAAGUGUUGCUCUGUUAGUCUUAUUAUAAAGGGCCGUUUCUACGUUGUUAUGGCGACGCGAUCCAGAGCCGCAUCUGUAGGAUGUUCUACCGUGGCUGCGUCUUGUUGUUUCCUAUUUGGGGACAAAUCGACGACUUUAAAGAUGACGUGACGCGUGCUUCUAUUGCGUGACACCGUGUAGGACUUUGUGUAAGAAGACAAAAACAGAGAAAGGCAGUAAACGGAUGGAGGCUCUACGUCACCUGGUGAUGACCUCACUGCUGUUCCCUGGCCACGCCCACGCGAUGAAGGACCUCUCCUCCUCGUCUCCUCUCACGUCCCUGCUCCACUAUCCUUCCUCCAAGACCGCCGCUGUGCCCUUCUCCCCGUCCGCUGGCCCCACGCCUUCCCCCGGGUUGACGCUGUCGUCGGCGCCGCUGACCAAACCUCAGCCCUUCUGCCUGCAGACGGGGCCUCACCUCAUCGCCAGCAUGCAGCUGCAGAAGCUCAACUCGCACUACCAGAACCUCACCGGCGCGUCCGCCGGACACCCGGCGCCGGGCGGAGCCCAGAGAGGCUUCGGGCCCUCGCCUCUGGGCGGCGGAAGCCCGCUGCUGGGGCCGUCGGGGGGUCUGGGGGGGGGCGGGAUGGGUGUGGGCAUCGGCAUGGGGAGCCAAGCUGCCGGAGCAGGUGGAAUUAUCGACUUUGACCCCGUGGAUGAAGAGGUUCUGAUGUCGCUGGUGGUGGAGCUGGGCUUGGACCGGGCCAACGAGCUCCCCGAGCUGUGGCUGGGCCAGAAUGAGUUUGAUUUCAUGUCAGACGUGCCUGCUGGAUGCUGACCUGCAGCACAAUAGACUGACAGAACCAGAGACUCUGUGUCCCCUGCUGUGCUUCACAUCCUCCCGGUCUGGAUCGAUGAACGAGGAACCAGAAAGAUGGCUGAGCUCUAAAGAGCUUUGAUUUCAUACUCUCUAUACAGACGAACGGCCUAAAAGACAACCUGCUCUCGAUGUUUUUGAAAUGGAGGAAUAUGAACAGCAUCAUUUUAUUCAUUUUGUCUACGAAACACCUGAUGGUUGAAAAAGAUGGAUGGGAAUACUCCGUUUAUACUCUCCCUUUUCUUAAAGAAGCAAACAGAAGCCUGUCUGCACUCAGUCAUCACGACAUCCCAGUCUUUUUAAAGUGCCACCGUUUCCGGACGAUGCGCUUGAAAAUAAGAAACACAUCUUUACGAAUCAUUUGCUGAGGACAAAUACAGUGUCUUAUUUUGCUAAAGGAUAAUAUUAGAGAUUAUUUUUUCCUUGUGAAAGACACUUUGGCCUCGUGACGGUCUUAAAUGUUUGUCUCAAUCUACUUUUUACUCUUUGUUUGAAUGUAGCUAUUCAUAGAACAUGUUAUUUAAGACAGGACUCUUGGACUGAGAGCGUCUGCAGCACGUCUGUAAUGGUUCAGAGCAUGAGACCUGAAUCCAAAGCAUUGUGGCCUUUUUGUUAAUAACAGACAUGCUUUGUUUAUUGACCUAUAUUGUACAGUGUCAAAGAUCCUAGACAGCACUUCCAUACAUUCAACUUACAGGGUUUGGUCAGUGUGAAAGGAAGAACCAAUAAAUCUACAAGCCACCGG